AUGCGCAUCCUUGAUCUUUUACCCGAUGAGAUUCAUCAUCUAGAGCUCGUUCGCGAGGUUACCAGCACCGGCAUGCCACGCAUGCGUGAGAUGGGCUUGCGCACCCGUGCAUACCAAACAUACUUCGCCGCCUGGGAAGCACUGCACCUCGAUAGCGAGGAUGACACCUCCAUUCAUAACGACAUCCCACAGUACCUGUGGCAACACCACCCCAGCGGCCUCGGCGGAUUGGGGCUUGCGCAGACGAUUCGCUCGUAUGAAGAAUUUCGCACCUUCAUGGUGGAGAUGGCGGAGCUACUGUUUCCCUGGACGAUGCCUUAUUUUGGGGACCACAUGAGCCUGCACGCACACAUUAAGAAUGGCGGACGAGGCAUCGUGCUGACGGCCGGGUCCGGGCAAGCACCUUAUCUAUUGACAACUAUCUACUCAUUCCGGAAACUAGGCUGCACCCUUCCCAUCGAGAUCAUGUACCUCGGCGACGAUGAUCUAGGUCAGGAUUACAUUGCCGAGUUGGAGAAGCUGGACGGCGUUGUGGCGCGGGAUAUGGCAGCUAUGGUGCGCGACAAAGGGUGGAAGCUGAGAGGCUGGGCAGCCAAACCAUUUGCAAUUCUGCUAUCGAGCUUUCGGGAAGCUAUAUUCAUCGACGCCGACUCCUUGUUCUUUCGGGAUCCGGAGCUGCUGUUUGAAGACGAGGACUACAAGCAAAAGGGUGCACUAUUUUUCCGAGACAGACUAUUCUUUCCGGAGAAGAAGGCGGUUUUCCUGCAAUCCAUUCUCCAGAAGCCGAUUCCCAAGGCGGCAACCGAUUCAAGGUUGUGGACGGGCGAGUCAGGACACCAGCAGGAGAGUGGGGUGAUUGUAGUGGACAAGAGUAGACAUUUCAUUCCCAUGCUGUUGGUGACUAGGAUGAACGGCCCAGACAGGGACGGAGACAAGGAUGAAGGCAAAAUUGGUAUCUAUGAGCUGGUCUAUGGUGAGGUUCCGAAACUACACCUUCUCCUAGGGACUUUCUCUAACUCCACUUUAGGCGACAAAGAGACCUUCUGGCUCAGUUGGUUGCUCGCAGGCGACGAAGACUAUGCAUUCCAUCGGGGCGACGCUGCUAUUAUGGGCGUAGCCCGUGGGCCUGGAGACCCUCUCCCUGACGAGGUUAUGAGUGAGUGCGAUAAGUCCGACACCGAACUCAGCGACGAAGAAUAUGCCGCCGAGUGCGAAAUGGCCGACCACGAUGGCAAGCUGCAGGCCAUGAUCUGCGCCUCUCAGCUGUUGCAUCUCGACGUCGAAGGAAAGCCCCUUUGGCUCAAUGGCUGGUUGCUCCAAAACAAGUUCAAGGGCCGUGGCAGCGGCUUUGCCAAAUUUGAGAGCUACCUCGUCGAGCCACACGACGCAUCGUUGCGCUAUCCGCGCAGCUGGAAGUUGUUCCAGGGGAACAGAUUUUGUAUGAUGGGAGAUGCGGACAAGAAGUUUGACUUCACUCUGGAGGAGAUGACGGUGCUAGACAUGUUUGUAGAAAGGGCAAAGGAGGUUGAUAAGAGGUGGAGGUCCUAA